AUGUGGAAAGAAUAUGAACAAACCUUUCAAAUCAUGUAUGAUCAAUUUGAAAAAACAUUUGAAAAGGAAUGUAAUGAUUUCAUUCAAGAAAUGUCUGAAGAAUUGUUAUUAUUGAAUAGGAAGAGAAAUGAUCAAUCCAUUGUUGAAUCAUCAUCAUCACCACCACCACCAAUACUACCAGCAGCAACAACACCACCAAUACCAAUACUACCACCACUUAAUGAUGAGAAUGGAGAAUCAGUACUUCCUGUGAUUCAAUUUUUGAACAAGUUCUCAAUCAUUGAGGAAGAAGAAGAAGGAGGAGCAGUAACAGCAGUAGUAGUAUCAGCAUCCUCUCUCAAGGAGGAUUCAUCAACUGGUGGUGGUCAGAGUGGUGGUAGUUAG